CGCAGACUGUGCAUAUAUUAAAAAGUUGUAAAAUUACAGCAGGAGUACAGGUAUGGGUCAGCUGAUCGUCAGCAUCGUCACAAUACCAUUCUCGAUUUAGUCUUACUCCUUGUAAGCAUUCAUCCUAUACAAAAGUGCCAUUGUGCUACUAGUACUCUCGUCUCGCAUUAUAUUAAAUUCUGAACGUCCACUUUUAAGUUGGAUGAUGAAACACUUCAAUGAUCACAGUUUCGUCGUAGGCAGAGUCGUGUGGUACUGAUGGAUGGCAGAGCCACUCAUUGUCUUGUUACACUUGGUAUACUGCGUUGGUAACUAUAUUGUCUGGCACCUUUUUUUCCUAUUCACCAAACCCCAGUUUUUUUUUACUUGAUCAAUGGUCCGAUUUAAGGUUCGGUGGAUCUUGUUUGAAUUAGUCCAGGAUCCACUUAUUGAAAAUGGCAAGGUGAUCUUUCCACGAACACCUGCAAAACUAUGCGACGAUGAUUUGAAUCAGUGCAUCCAUUCUGCGUUAACCAUCGAUUAUGGUGAUUUCGGCAACGGCAUGGCACGUAGCGUUUAUGUGAAAUGGUUUAAUCCGGCUACACAUAUUGGGAUAGCACGAGUACCGCGUGAUUAUACAGACAUGAUGCUGGCGUCGUUGUUUUUCAUAAAAAAGGUCCGUGACCAACCCUAUAGUUUUCGCACACUUCAUGUGUCUGGUACAAUCAUUGGCGUACAGAAACAAGCCAUCAUCCGUGAUCGAGACAUCUACCUGCAGCUACAAAAGGAAGCACAAAAGACAGGACAAGCAUUUAGUUUUGUUGAGAACCUUGCAAAGUCAGAAAAAGAAAUUAAAGCCAUCCAAGCGUUUGCCUAAAAUAUCUCGUUUCCCGCGUCU